AACUUCAAAGCAGCAUCUAUCGGCUACUGAUAAACAAGUGUUCUGUAGACGCAUCAGAGAUGGAUUCUUCUCUCUUUCAAUCCCAAAACUCCGACUUCUCGCCGGAAUCUUCUUUCGGGUCAUCAGAUUGUUUCUCAUGGGAUGGGCUCAGUUUCAAAGAAGAUCCCCUUCCCCUUCCCUUCAAUGAGAAUGAUUCAGAGGAGAUGCUCCUGUUGGAUGUUCUCACCGAGGCUGCUCGAGAAUUACCGGAAACUCUCUGCUCCACCAGAAUUCAAGACGAAGAGGUGAGUUCCAAGGAACUGAAGGAAGAGGGCAAAGCAAAGGAGAAGUCCUAUAGAGGUGUCCGAAGACGACCGUGGGGGAAAUUCGCGGCGGAGAUAAGAGACUCUACUCGACGUGGGAUUCGUGUUUGGUUGGGGACUUUCGACAGCGCAGAGGCGGCGGCUCUUGCAUAUGAUCAAGCAGCUUUUUCGAUGCGUGGAUCACUUGCAGUCUUGAAUUUCCCAGUAGAGAAGGUGAUUGAAUCUUUGCGUGAAAUCAAGUAUGGUUUCGAGGAAGGGUGCUCACCUGUGGUUGCACUUAAAAAGAGACACUCCAUGAGAAAGAAAUCCAUGGGUGGGAAUAAGAGUAAAGGGAUUAGAGAGAUGAGGAUAGAGAAUGUGGUGGUGGAAUUGGAAGAUUUAGGGGAAGAUUACUUGGAACAAUUAUUGAGUUCUUGUGUGGGUUCUAAUCCUUGGUGAAUUAAUCAAGCGAGUCUAAUUAGCU